GUCUAUGAUAUUAUUUUGUUGUGUAGUAUUGUAUGAUUUUUUUGCAAUAUAUGUGAUAAACAAGAAUCAUUUAGUGCCAUUUUGGAGACGACUUCGCAGUGCGCAUGUCCAUAACGUUUCCAGGCAUUGCGCCACCAUUCAAACCAUCAACGACUGUAAACAAGAAAGCCAUAAUCAUCACGAUGAUCUGAAUCAAGAGCAACUUUUGCCUGCUUUUCACGAGAUAUCCAGUUUAGCAGGACAAUUGCUUCGAGAAUAGUCAGUGGUGUCGCGAAGAAAAGACUUCGCAGAUGGAUUUAAAAGAUGCAGAGAUCGCUCGUCUGAAGGCAGAGAAUGAGGCUCUAGCUGAUGAGCUGUCCCAGUGUCAGGCAGACAAGGAGUUUGUGUGGUCGCUAUGGAAACGGUUACAGGUGGCGUCACCCGACAUCACCCAGGCCAUCAGCCAAGUCAUACAGAGGGAGAAGGAGAAGGCAGAAAUUAAGGACAGGAAGGUCCUGGAUAUCCUGCAGACCAAGGACAACAAGAUACACGAACUCGAAGAAACAAUAGCCACGCAACAAAGGGAGCUGAACAGCAUAGUUCAGAGGAAAUUGUCCCUGGAUGAAGAAAAGGGAAAAUUACAGGCUGACUUGAAGGAGGUAAAAGACAGGAACAACUUUCUGGAGAAUAUGCUGAAGUCAAAGGAGAGGAAGGAAAAAGAAAACGAAGAACACAGCAAAACUCUGGUGGGCAGUCUGGAACAGGAGAAGGAAGAGCUGAACAGGAGACUCACAGAUCUGAUUGUUGAGUUAGAAACUGACAAGGAAGAAAAGACUGAACUGCUGGGAUCGAAGACAUCUCUGGCGACAAAGAUAAAGGUGCUGGAGGAUGAAGUAAGAGGGUUGAACACCAGAGCCGACCGUCUCACUAGAGAGUGUGCAGACAUGAAGGAGAGACUGACUUCCUCUGACCGGCAGCUGGAACAGAAGAACAGAGAUCUGGACAGCAAAACUGCCGACCUGGAGAGAACAAGGAAGGAUCUGGCUGAUCUGCAGAACACCCACAGGCUGUGCUCAGAACAGGCUGCACAACAGGCCGAGCUCAUCCGGCAGCUACAGGCCCUACAGUUGGACACUCAGAAGGUCCUGAGGAAUCAAGAGGACGCUCACAACUUCGAGGCUACCUCCUAUCAGAAGAUGUAUGCAGAGCUCAGUGUGCAGUUCAACGCCCUCCAGGCGGCAGAGGUGGAGCUGAGGCAGCAACAUCAGGAGCUGGUGGCAGACCUGCGGGAGAGAGAUGAGCUCAUUCUGGAGCUGAGGGAUUCCCUGAACAUCUCCAGGAACACGGGCACACAGGCCAACCUCCAUCCAAGGGAUCAGGACACACAGGUGACCACAGGCUCCAUACAGCUGGAGUGUAGGCUGGAGAGUCAGGAGACUGAGAUUCAGCUGCUCAAGGACAAACUCAGGGAGAGGAACAGACAACUGAAGAAUCUUGAAAAGGGAGUUGCCACCAGCGCUGGCACCUCACCACUUCAGAGGGGAAGGAAGGGUGGUGGAGGCAGAGUCCCAGCGAGGGCGCGGUCGCUGUCUCCCAACCGUAAGAUGGGAGUGAUAGAACAACAGAGGAGACUCGACACUGCUGAGAAAAAAGCUGCCGACCUGCUCAAGAAACUCAAACUAAAGGACAAUGAGUUAAGUGAGCUGAAGAAGGCUCACGACAACCGUCUUAACCGCCUGAGAGCUCUGCAGUCCAGCCACCGGAUCCUGAAGGAACAGGUCAAGACGUACGAGGAACAUGAGAAGAGUGGUAAGCGGGCAAAGGCGCGUCGUUCCGACCCGCGCAGCCUACAGCAGGAGGAUAGCGACACGGUGUGGAACGAGCUGACAUACUUCCGACAGGAGAACAAGAAACUCAUGCUGGACAGAAUGAAUCUUCAGGAGGAGGUGGACCUGUUGAAGGUGCAGGUGUCCCAACAGGAGGCCAGUGUCAACGACCUCACCAACAUGCUGCAACAGGAGAGGGAAGAGCUGAUGUUCCAGUUGGCGGAGCGGGACCUGGCGAGCCGGUCCGGAGGCCAUGCCACCAGCACGCCCAGGAAGAAGUCUGUGGCUGACGAGCUGCAGGAGGCGCUCAGAAAGAAUAAGACCCUAGAAAAGAGGUUGAAGAAUCUGGAGAAGGAGAAUAAAGAGCUGACUUCAGCGCUGGAGGAAGACAACAGGAAGCUGACUGAAGACAAGGAGAGUUUGGUGAAGGAGAAAAGAACACUAAGAAAUGAAGUCAACCAGCUGAGAAAGGAACUCUCGGACCACCGAGAAGAGACAGAAAACCUCCAGUCUGAAAACUCUGCCCUGACCGAGGAGAACGCAGAGCUCCAGGCGGAGAUCACAGACCUGAAAUCCGAGAUCAGCGGCCUCAAGUCGGAGUCCAGCAGUCUGAAGGCGGAAGCCAAACGUCUUAAGUCUCAGAUGCAGUCCGAGAGUCAGAAGAACAAACAGGCACAGCAGAAGAUGAGAGUCCGGCUGGCGAUAAACUCUGCCAAGACUUCCGCAAAGUCGUCUGUCAAAAAGCACCAAAAGUUCCUGAACAAGUCCAUUGAGCAGAUGAGUGAGCUGUUUGACGGGUUUGAAGGGGACGAAUGGGAGGAAAUGAGUACAACAAGUGCGAAUGAGUCCACAGAUGAGCUGACAGGAGGAGAGAUGACGGGGGAGAGUCUGGGGCAGCUCAUCGUGUCUGCUGCCCGCAGUGGGGCCGGGAGGAAAACUGAGGAAGAAGCGAAGGGCUCAGAUGCGGAGUCCAGCAAGGCCAGCGACGACCUGACGGCUGCGGACACCAGCCUGACCAGCACCCUGACAGAGCAGAGCGAGCUGACCGCAGAACAGCUGACGGCCGCGCGCACGAAGCACCGGCCGGGGAGGAAGCUGGGCGGGAGGAGGCACGCGCCCAGUCCCGUGGGGAGGGGCCUGAAACAGAGGGUCGCCAGCCUGCAGCAACAGGUUGCGACCGUGAAGGCUGUGAAGGAGAAGACAGCCAAGGCGCUGUCCCAGCAGACAGAGGCUAAUGAACAGCUGCAGUCUGACCUUGGGCUGGCCAACCAGAGGCUCAAGGUCACUAGGCAGACAGUACAGAAGUUGACCACAGAGCUUGAGGCCUGUCAGAGUGAGAAGGCCGGUCUGGAGAAGCAGCUGGCAGAGUUAGGCGAUGCCUCCAUCACGUCCGCCGGGAGCCAGGCCACCAAGUCUCACACGCAGGCCGACUGGAGGCACCUGGAGAACAGGGUCAGGACAACUGCCAACGAGGUGUCCAGGCAGUCCGAUGUCAUCAAGGCCCUGCGAUCAGAGAAUGAGGACCAGGCAGUACAACUCCGGACGUACCAGGAAAGGUGCGGCCGCCUGGAGCGUGACGUGACUAUGAAGCGGACCCUGAUCGAGGACAUGAAGCUGAAGGUGAAGAUGGCUCAGGAGAACGCCCAGUCUGACAGCAGCGCGGUCCAGCAACUGGAGGAGAGGAUCAAGGCACUGAGUCUGGACAGCGAGCAGAAGAAAACACAGCUGGGUUCCCUGAAGAGGAGGAUAGCAGCAGUGACGAAGGACAAGUAUCACUACGAGCAGCUGUACUUCCAGACACAGCAGGACCUGGAGAAGAAGACAAAACAGUUGCAGGAGACCCAGACGCGGAGACACGAGGCUGAGACGGUGGUGUCGGAGCUGGAGUCGGCUGCAGCCCACCAGCUGCAGGGGCUCGCCACCAAGAGUGAGCUCGCCAUCGAGGCCGUGGAGACCAAACUCAACAAGAGCCAGACCAGGGUCGGCGAACUCAACACCUUUGUCAAGGCCCUCUCAGCAGAGCUCCUGCACCAGGUCCAGUCCACCCGGCGGCAGGUCCUCAGGGUGGAGGAGGGCUCCAGGAAAUCGAGGGAACGAGAGAGAGGGCAGCAGGACGAGUCCCUGACCAAGGCGCAGUCGCUGGCCUGCUCCAUCCUCAACAUCAGCCAGGCGGACAUGGAGGACAUCAUGAACCCGGAGGAGGAGGCGGAGACGGGAGUUGAUGUAAAGGCAGAGAAAAAGAAAGAUCAGCAGUGGAACAAGAAGCUGGAGAAAGUCCUUAGUGCCAAGGUGCCCUUUGCCACCAGCUUGUUAGAGCUGGUAGUGGAGAAGAUGGAGGAGAGAGUGGACCUAGUGGAGAGAUUAUACAAGACACGGGGGAGUUAAUGCCUGUAGUCUCACAUACAUGUACAUGUAUACCGUACAAGACACGGCAGGGGGAGUUAAUGUUUGCAGUAGUCUCACAUAUGAUUAUAAUCUGAAUAAAUUGAGCAAGGAAGCCUGGAAUGUAUAUAUUGGGUGUACUUUUAGCUCUACCUGCAGGCCAACUUGCACAAUCUCGGAUCAAACAGUCGCAGCCAUUCAUGUGGAUUAGGAGACACUUCUGAUAAACACGUUUGCCAACUUAACACACACUUAGGUGCAAUACCUCGAUUAUAGACUAGUCUUGUGUUUAAAUUUUUUUGUUUGUUUGUUGUACAUACGUGUAAAUGAGUAAAUCUUGACACUGAGUGUUUUGAACCUUUUUGUUUUGUUUUGGAUUAGUAAUACUGUAAUUCCUGAUUUUUUUAAUGUACUGUUAUGCUCACGAUUUUCACGGUGACGACUGUAACGUGAACUUAUCAUUACUGAUAACAAAUAAUUCACAGCCUUUUUUUAUGUGCGACAGUGAACAUUUAGUUCCGAGAACAAGUUAAAUUUUCUCAGACCAUGAAAGUUUGGUACCGAGAAGACAAAGUGAAUUACAGUAAUCAAUGGACCUGUCAGAUCCAUAUGUCAUGUGUAUAUACAGUGUAUGUACAUGUAUCUGAUGUGAACCUUUUUAAUUGGCAAUUUGUACAUGAUGUUAAUUUUGUAUUUUUCACUUUUCCACACAUACAUGUACCUCCAUGGACUGUUGUUAAGCCUAUGUCACAAAUCAAGAAUUGAGCUGAGCUGUCAGCGAGCUGAAAAUGGGCCGUACGUCUUGGCGAUUAAUAUGGCCUUCUGGCAAUUUUUAGCAUCUCAUCCGUUGGGAUUUAAACCUCCUUGUGAUGUCAGCUGCGUGCACCAGGAAACAAAAGACAUUAACUUAAACUUUCUGGAAUGAAACAUCAAGCCUCGUGACAGGGCAGAUUUUCAGCAAAGAAUACAGUCAGUGAUUUUAGAAUUCGGCGCGCUCCAGUCAAUCUAGAAAUUUGACCGUCAUUCGCUUGAAGUGUGAUGCAGGCUUAACCACAAUAUUUUCUUCAAAGACAAAAGUCCAAUAGUAGUAUAGCUUGUGUACUCAGGGAAAACAUUUACUUCAUUUAAGUCUGGUGUAUGACAGGAGAAAUCUCAACAGUUACAAUGUAUGAUGGUAAUUUCGAUUUGUACAAUUUCAUGUAGUCUUGUAACUUCUCUUAAGUCUAAUUGUUUUUACCGGUACGUAUGUAUAAUCUCACACUUUUGGGAAAAUAAAGUUUUUUUAGUACAAACUGUUACUAAUGUCUAAAAGAGAAUCAUAACGCAGAAUCACAACAGAUUGUUUAAACAAUUUCAAUCCAUUUAAUGAAAUACCUCAAAAUGCUCAUACAUGUACAUUACAUAUUAUAUUUUCCUUAUUGCUUCAUUACUGUGAAAUAAAUAGGAC